UCUCUUGAAUCUCUUUAAUCAUCAUUAGUCCACUUGAUGAGAAUCAUGUUCAACAUUGAAAUCAUCUUUUAAACUGCAAUCAUUCAAUGGAAAUUGAAUAAAAAAUUUAAAUUCUGACCUUGACUUUGUUCACCUUUCGAGUCUCAUUCGAUCAUUUUGUUUUGUUAUUUAUUUUUUCCCUUGUUUCUUCCUCUUCUUUUCACACUUUUUCAACUUGUUUGUUUUCUCGAUCAACAUUGGCGGUUACAAAUCUCAAUCCGUUUACCCUUCAAAAGGGUAUUUACUCACCUUUGGAUUUACCUUUGAAUGAAAAGAUGCCCGGUUAUAGGUACAGUUCAUCACCCAAUUGUGAUAUAACUCACCAUGUUCAUCUGAAUGGUCAUCAUGGACAUCAUCUAACACUCAACAAGACAACUCGUUCUCGUGAUUUCACCAUUGCUCAUCUUGUACUUAAUGAAGGCAACAACAGAGACGAUUCAAUUAAAGGUAAAAGUUGUCUCGAUUCAUCCAAUAAUAACCAUUUAAAGAAUCUAUCUUCACCCGAUUCUGAUGAGGAACCUGAAGUUAAAUCGUUGAACAAUCAUCAUUCCAAUAGCCAUCUGAGUUCAGCUCAUCUCAAUUCCCUCAAUCAACAUCAUUAUCAUUUGUUAAAUCACAAUUAUCUUCGAUUAUCAAGUGAUUCUAAAUGCAAUAAUUUAACAGAAAAUAAUAAUCGCUCCAACACCAAUGGUAACCAUUCAACGGAUAAACUUAAUGAUUCACUUUCGUCCAAUGUUAAUCAACGAUUAUUAGGUGACAAUUGUGAUUCCAGUGAUCAGGGUCAAAGUGAAUCAAUGAAUGAAGAUAAACUGAAUGGUGAUGAUUAUGAUGAUCUUGAUGAUAACAUGGACCGAAUGGAAGAUACAAGUGAUUUAAUUAACUGUUCAAACGGAUACUUUCCCAAGCGAAAACAGCGUCGUUAUCGAACCACAUUUACUUCAUUCCAAUUGGAAGAACUUGAAAAGUCUUUUUCAAAAUCUCAUUAUCCAGAUGUAUUCACCAGAGAAGAGCUUGCAGGUAAAAUUGGUUUAACCGAAGCUCGUGUUCAGGUUUGGUUUCAAAAUCGUCGAGCAAAACACAGGAAACAAGAUAAAUCUCCAAAUGGACCUGGACUUGACCCUAAUCCAGGUCCAGUUUACAACAACAUUGGACUUUACCAUGGUUCACCCAAUAACCAUCCACCAACCCUAUUACCGAGUCGAGUUAACAUGGGCACUGGACCUUCUGCUCAAAACGGAAUCUCACCAUUACCCAAUGGACUUUCAGGUCAACCCAAUCCAACAGGUUCAGUGGGUUUAAAUAGUUUACCAGGUUUAAGUGCUGGUGAUACACUGAAUAAUCCCUUCUUGACCAACUUCUUUAAUCAUCUUCAUCCUGAAACCAAAGGUUCCUCACCUUAUCCAUCAAUACCCUUAACCCUGGCCAGUUCACCCAACGGACUGCCUGGAUUUGCUGGUUUCCCUUCAGCUGCUGCGGCCGCAGCAGCCGCUGGAACUUAUCAGUCAUUGUUCAACAGUCGCCUCGCAGCUUCCAGUUUCAACACUUUACUAGCCAAUUCUCACCUUACAGGAGCCAAUAAUCCAGCCUCAUUCCAAAACUUACUAGCCACAUUAUCAUCCAUCUAUGGAACCAAUCAUCCAAAUCUUCAUUCUUAUCCCUCAUCACAUUUACCUUCAUCUCAUCUUCAACACCAUCCUCACCCUCACCAACCAUCUCAACAGCCUCAACCUCAACAAGCCUCAUCCUGUUCAUCAUCAACCUCAUCAUCAUCUUCACACUCUCAUCCCAAUCUACCUCCAUCACCAACCAUCUCAGUUACUGACGAUUCACCGGACAAAGCGCCAUCACCACCACCGAGAAAGUCCUCAUCGCCACCAGUGAAUAGUGCAAGUACCAAUGGGAACAGCAAUGAAUCAACCCACAGCAACAACAAAGAGCCUAACCAGUCAACCAACGGAACACCUUUGUGCCUUGUAACUAAAGAGUUUGGUGAGAAAAAGUUUCACGAGAAAAGUUCAAAUGAAACAUUUCGCUCAUCGAGUAUAGCGGUGUUAAGAGCAAAAGCUCGUGAACAUGAGAUAACUUUAAGAAGAGAAACUGAUGUCAAAGAAGAAGAUGAAGAAGAAGACGAAGAUAAAUGACACAAGUGUUCCAAUGCGAAUAACAAUCAAUUCAUUUGUAAAACAAAACAUGAUACACUUAAAGUGACCAACACUUAUCAUCAUUCCAAUUCAUUUUCAUCUUUCGUUUCUUUUCUUUCAUGGAAACUCAUCUUUUCAUGUUUCUGUACUUGGAGUUAAUUCAUCAACUGUAAGCUUAACCAAUUUGUAUCAACACUUAUUGCUACCUUAAUGAAGAUAGAAACACUUUGAAAGGCGAAAAAUGAAUAAAUGGAAAAGAAAACAAAUUCUGUAUUAAAGUUGAUCGGCAUUAUACUUGACCGUUUCAAGGGUGUCCAGUAGACAAUAUUGUCCAGUUUAAAUUUACUCGUCAUACUCAUAUUUAUAAUAUAAGUUAAUAAAAAAUAAC